AUGAACCCAUGGGUGGGAGAGAGCAGAGAAUUCUUUGAGAGAUUUAAAUUCAACCAGCGUAAUCAAGAGAGUGGUGAAUCCAUCGAGGAGUAUGUCACGGUUCUUCAUAUGAUGAGCAAAACGUGUGGAUUCUGUGACUGUAUGAAAGACAAACUGCUUGUUGAUCGUGUCCUACUCGGUGUGCGUGAUGAUCGAAUGAGAGAACUACUCAUUUUGAGAUCUGACCUUGACCUCACGACUGCUAUAGACGUGUGUAAAGCUGUAGAGGCUACUUCUGUCCAAAUGAAAGCUCUGAAUCAAAAGAAUGGAGACAUACAUAAAGUUGGACAGAGACAUUUCCCAAAGUCUGGAAAAAAAAGAAUAGCGCGCAGAAACCAAACGGGAAAGAUCUACAGAAAGCAAAACAGCAGUGGAAAAGAUGCAGCUCAUUUAUCCCUUGAGGUAGUACGCAGCAUAGUUCCCGAGGACAUUGCUGAGAUAAUUCCUGACAAGUAUCCUGAUGUGUUCUCGUCUUCUUCAAUUGGCACUCUGCCUGGAAGUCCUGUUCAUCUGACAGUUACGGAUGAUGCAUUGCCUACUGUUUGCCUAGCUAGAAUCAUCCCUGAAUCCUUGAAAGGCAAAGUAAAGGAUGCACUUGAUGAUCUUCAGGCAAAAGACAUCAUCGAAGAAGUUAGCUCUCCAACUGAUUGGGUAAAUCAGAUAGCUGUGUUGCAGAAAAAAUCUGGUAAAGUAUGUGUUUGUCUUGACCCCAGACCUCUCAACAUCGUACUUAAGAGGGAGCACUAUCCCUUACCUGUCUUAGAUGAUAUUCUACCACAGCUUUCAGAUGCUACAGUAUUUUCAAUCUGUGACUUGAAAGACGGAUACCUUCACUGCAAGUUAGAUGAAGAGUCUAGUUUAUUGACGACUUUUGCCACACCCUGGGGAAGGUACAGAUGGAAACGUCUUCCAUUUGGUUUGAAAGUCAGCAGUGAAAUCUUCCAAAAGAGGCUUUACCAAGCACUUGAUGGCCUUUCUGGAGUCCGCUGUGUGGCCGAUGACAUCAUCAUCUGGGGCAACAGUGACGCUGAGCAUGAUGCCCGACUACAUUGUCUACUGAAUAGAUGUCAAGCUGUUGGCAUUGUGUUGAACUAG